AAGAAGAUGUGAAAGAACAAUAAUGCAGAAUCUAUUGCUUGGUAUACUAUUCUGUGUGUUCAGUCAUUUGUUCAACCUUCCUCAAACUUAGAUUUCAUACUGAAGGCAAUUUUGGUUGACUAUUUUCAUUCCCAAACUGGCAUCAGUUAUGGGGUUCCCAGAGGGGCCAACCAAUGUAACUUCAAUUACACAAUACAAUUUAAAGUUUAUUGCAAAUUUUUGCUUGAGGGCUUAUUGAAAGUGACAAAAAAAUUACGAACAAUGGUAAAUACUUAAAAAUAGUAGGUUAGCAACUACACAUUUUUUUGUACUCUUAGUCUAAAUGCUAAAAUGUAAGUUAAUAUACCGGGUAAUCAAAUUAACAUGGCCUUACAUGUUAAUUUUGAAAUUGACUGUCAUCUCACCAUGUCAGAAGAGUCUACCCAAUGGGCAGACAAUUAGCAUAACAUUUGCAUAAUGAAGGACCAAAACUGGUUCAUCCGGAUUUGUCUUACCCUUUCCUAACUAGAAUAGGUCAUAUUGAAGCAGGUGGUACACAGGAAAUGACGAGUCUACACGUUUCCCCACAAGGCACAAAGCACUCUCAACAACAAGUGAAGUGCUUCUGCAGGUAUGCCAGAGAUAUGGACUCUUGCUGGAAUGCAGGUUCGUUGUAGGACCAAAGUGGUGGCUACGGCUCUUCUGUUGCUGUUAACCGUUGGGACUUUUGUGUUACACUUCACCAAGGUGAGCAGUCGGUCAAAGUAUGCCAUGAUCUACAAGUAUGUCCCAUCAAGAUGGCAGGGCACUAAGAAGUCACAACUCAACUAUGACUACCCAUGGAAAGGAGCUGGUCUACAGCACAUACCCUAUGUGUGGAAGGAUGCUGUUGCAAGACGUGUUCUCACAGAUGGCAACUGCUCCUGCCCAGAGGAAAAUCUGUUCAUCUCCAUCCCGCUGUACCACUCAGCAUCUUCCCACUACCUCGGGAAUGAUUUUGCCUCCGGUCCAGAUGAGCUGAGAGAGGUCAUGGACCAGCGCAAUCAGGAGAAAGAAAGACUCGAACAAAGGGCUCCUCCUCGACCUCCAAUUCUUUUUGCAAAUGGGAAAUCUCCCCUGAGCUAUCCCACACAGGGGCUGCGGGUUCAACCAAUGGGAAGCCUCGUCAUUCCAGGUUUAAGGCUAGAGGAAUUGGCUGAGCACAAGGAAAUCGUUGAUAUUCAGCUCCAUGCCCAAUUGGGAGUGUUGACGACCCUAGCAGACAUUCCCAGUGUUACUGUAGAGGGUGAAGGAACCAAACACCUGACCAUUUCCUCUGGGUCACUGGAUCAUCUGAACAGACAGCUACAGUUCCUGGUCUACACCAACACAGACUUUAAUCCAGACACCGUGGACUAUGCGGAUAUCCGGUAUGCCUACUUCCAAGGAACGAUUCCCAUCCGUAUUCAACAUAAGAGAUUGCUGCAGAUAUUUGACUUCUCAGAAGAUGACAUUGCAACGAAGGUAACCAUAGUGACAAAGACCUUCCUCAGAUACAACAUGUUACGUCAGUUGAUUGCCAGCGUGCGCAAGUUCUACCCCACCAUUAACAUCAUCAUCGCAGACGACAGUGAACACCCCGAAAAGGUCCAAGGGGAAAAUAUAGAACACUACAUCAUGCCAUUUAAAAAGGGUUGGUUUGCAGGGCGGAACUUGGCCGUCUCACAGGUGACCACACCCUACUUCCUCUGGGUGGAUGAUGACUUCAUCUUCACACAAGACACGAGGAUUGAACUUCUCCUACAAGUUGCCAAAAAUACCAACCUUGAUGUUAUCAGUGGUGUGGUGAGGGACGACCUUGGGCUUGCAAGAAAAUUUACACAGAAAAUCAGAAUUGAGGAAGGAGAUGACCUCGGGGACUGCUUGUUCCGAAGUAAAGGCUACUACCACGCCGUUGAGGGGUUUCCAGACUGUGUGGUGGCUGACAUUGUGGUCAACUUCUUCCUUGCAGAUACAACCAAGGUCCAAAGUGUUAGAUUUGACCCUAGACUCACAAGGGUUGGACACACAGAAUUCUUCAUGGAUGGCCUUGGAAAGUUACGGGUGGCCUCUUGCUCCCACGUGACCAUUGAUCAUGCAAGCAAGAUAUGGCCACCUUCAGUUUGGCAGAACAAAAUGUACAAGAAGUUUCGGGAACCAGUGAAUACAGAAAGCAACGAUAAGUUUUGGUUUUACAAGUACAACCUGAAAUGCAUUCACUAUACGUAAUAGAAGUUAAAAAAGACAUUGUGCAUUUUAUUCAAGGCAAGUUAUGACCGUAGUGCUUAGUAAUAUUUGCAUUAUUUGGUUCAAAAACGUUUCCUUACAAAUUUCCUGACUACAUGUACUUUGUAUAUGUAUGUAUGAGUGACGAUACAUACAUGUACAUUUGUUGUACAAUAAAUGUAUACAUGUAUCUGGACAUGAAUGAGUAUCACGUAACUUCAUAAGGGAUUCAUAUUGUUCUUAGAGCUAUGUAAUAAAUUUCAUCCAGACCUGUUGCAAACCUGUACAUAAUAACAAAUAUGCAUGGUCAAUUUUCUGUAAGUUAAAGAUGUACCAAUCUGUA